AUGUCGGCCAUCGGAUCCAUCUUCCGACCUUUCCAAGCCACGUACAGGUACAUGGUGAGCUAGCAGGAAGGCAGCUUGUCUGGAGUCAGCGCUGGCAGGACUCGAGGAAUUGUCUUGACUCACAAUGCCCAAAUCUGACACAACGUCCUUCACAGCAAUGGGCCGCUCACGAGAAGCCAGAGAUCUUCUUUAGCGUCCUGAUCGGAAGCGUUGGUGCGUCUCAUGCAACACUGUCUGGACGCUUUGUGGGCAGGUGCUGCAAGUCAGUCAAGUCUCGAAGCUGACGUCAUCUCUUGCCGCACACGCUCGCGCAGGUCCCGUCUUGGUCGUCACAGUGCCCCCUUUGAGGAGACGCUAUGGUUUCAUUCCGGCCGAGCCCAUUCCUUCCAGCUUCCCAGGUGGGUGCAUCGCAGCCAAGUGCUACAGUCGAGAUGAUAUCCGCUCAUCGUGCCUCGCCCGUUCUUUUGGCAUCUGAUAGUGCCACAACGGGCAAGAGAAGAGGUGACGGAGUACGACGAUGAGUAG